CAACGUUUUCUUUGUUUCACAUGAAAAGUUCUGAUGAACAAUCUCAGACCGAGUCUCACCGAUCAAACCGGAUUAAACUGGGAUGAAACCGGAUUAACGGGGGAUUCAACCGGACUACAGGCGCAGAAGAGGAGCGGCGGGACUCGAACCGGAGCAGAAGUUCGAGUCUGGACCAGAAUCCAGAUCAUGGAUCAUUAGAACCGGACCUGGAGGAAACGGGUCUACAUGGAGAUGAGAGGAUCUCAGAAGUGAUCGCGUGUUGAUUGUUUAUUGAUCAGCGGAAUGGCCGCGCUCCCGCUGCUGCUGCUCGUGCUCUGGACCUGCGGGCACGGCAAGAGCGCGUUCGCGACGCGACCCUCCUACAGCCUGUACACCGGCGGGCACGCGCACGGAGUCCGCGCAGCCAGCAGACACAGGAACUGGUGUUCGUUUGUGGUGACAAAGACGGUGAGUUGUGUUGUCGAGGACGGAGUUGAGACGUAUGUGAAACCUGAUUAUCAUCCCUGCAGCUGGGGGAGCGGACAGUGCAGCCGAGUGGUGGUGUACCGGAGCUUCAUGAGGCCACGCUACAAGGUGGCGUACAAGAUGGUGACGCAGAUGGAGUGGAAGUGCUGUCAAGGCUACAGCGGAGAGGACUGCUCCAUCGGUCCAGCUGGUGGAGCAGGACCCCAGAUCUCCACCUUCAGACCACAGCCCAGACCUGGACCUGGAGGAGGGACGGGCUCUGGAGGAGGACAGAGCGGAGGACACGGUGGAAAAGCUGAGAAUGAGAAGAUGAGGCAACUUGAGGAGAAGAUCCAGAGUCUGACCAGGAUCGUCACGGACCUGCAGUCCACCAUAAACAAUCCGUCCAUCAGCAGAGGAGGAGGAGGAGGAGGAGGAGGAGGAGAAGGAGGAGGAGGAGGAGGUGGCUCGUCAGGAGGAAGAAACCCUGCUGAUGCUGCUCAGCCAGAGAUUAAAGAGACGAUUCACAGUAUCCAGACCAAACUGGACCAACUGGACAAUCGCACACAGGCUCAUGAUAAAAACCUUCUCAGCAUCAACAACCACCUGGUGAACGGGAAAACCAACGAUCUGGACGGAGGUUCUUCUGGAGGAGGACUGAGCGGAGGGAAGCUGAACUCACUGAAGGAGGAGAUCCUAAAGGAGCUGGAGACCAGAGUGUCGCUGUCCUGCUCCUCCUGUCAGGCCGGCGUGGAGGAUCUGCGGCGACAGCAGCUCGAGGACCGAGAGCGGAUCCGAGCUCUGGAGAAGCGGCUGAACGUCAUGGACGCUCGUCAUGGCCAGGGACUGGACGGGCUGCGGCGGGACGUGCUGCGGCUGCAGGGAUGCUGCAACACGGUCAACGACCUCCGAAACCGCGUCACCGAUGCUGAACGUAAGAUCAGCUCGGCCUCAGAGAACUUCGACGUUCUACAGAACCGCUUGGACAAGACGCUCAGCGGAGCAGGAGGCAGCACCGGCCCGACCAGUGGGACCCAAGGAGGAGCUUCUGGUGGUCGUGGUGGAACCAGUGGCGGUGGAAGAAAUGUUGUGGUGACCGAGGACAUGUUGGACAGUCGCCUAAGAGACGUGGAGCGGCGGGUCAACGACACAGUGCAGCAGACCGAGCAGAGCUGUUCACACCUGGAGAACGACUUGAAGGACUACGCCCACAAAGAGGUGAAGGACCUGAGGACGGUGUUCCUGGACCGGUUCGAUGACCAGGCCUUCAGGAUCGCAGACGUGGAGCUGGACGUGGGCCUGGUGAAGAACCGAGUGAGAGACCAGAACCAGAGGCUGCUGCAGCUGGAGAACAGCACCUCCCUCAUCAUCAGGAGGCUGGAGCACUGCAGCUGUAACAGGGGAGGAGCAGGAGGACGGGUCCCUGGGACCGGAGGAGGAAACACCACAGAGAAGUCUCUGGCGUGGAGAGUCGUGGCCAACGAGGAUCAGAUCCAACAUUUCAACACUCGACUCAAAGACCUGUCGGUGUCCGGAGACUCUCUGUACGACAAGGUUGUGGACCUGAGUCACGACGUCCGUAAGAUCAAAGCCCUGACGGGCGACCGCGGUGAACACUUCACCAGGAUCGUGACGGAGGUGGAGACGCUGGGACACGACUGCGACCUCUGCAGGAAGGUGGAGGAGGAGCUGCGGAGGCUGAGGAAUCACUCCCAGGAUGCACUGGGGCGCAUGCAGAGCCACAUCAACAGACUCCAGACCCGACUGGACUCAGAGAAAGAUGGCUGCCUCCAGAUGUGUUCACACCUGCAGGGCGACGUCCGCCUGCUGAGGGACGACGUCAGGAGGUGCAGCAGCAAAUGUGGUGGUUCUGGUGGUUCUGGAAGUUCUGGAAGUUCUGGUGAUGCUGGAGGCUAUGGUGGUUCCGGAGGUUCUGGUGGUUCUGGAGGUUCUGGUGGUUCCGGAGGUUCUGGCAGUUCCGGAGGUUCUGGUGGCUCUGGUGGUUCUGGUAGUUCUGGUGGCUCUGUUGGUUCUGGUGCUUCUGGUACCAGUGAAGGUGGAACUGGGCUGGAUUCUGCGAAGCCAUUAGACGGCCACAGUGUGAUCGGAGGCUCCGUCCACAACAACCAGCUGAAGACGCUGCAGGGCGAGCUGUCCGAGGUCGUCCUCACCUUCAGCUCCAUCAACGACACCCUGAAGGGAAUCGAACACACGAUGCAGAAACACGGCAGCGUCAUCACCGACCUGGGAAACACCAAAGAUAAAAUCAUCUCCGAGCUGGACAAAAUCCAGCUGGAGGUGACGGAGCACAUGGAGGAGAGCCGGGACCGUUUGGACGGGCUGGACCGGGACGUGCGGCGGUUCGAGAGCACGCUGCUGGUGGAGAUGGGCGACUGCAGGAGGUCCGGAGACGGCCUGGAGAAGAGGCUGUCCAAGCUGGAGGGCGUCUGUGGGCGACUGGACGGCGUCUCCGACUCAAUCCACAAGAUCAAGGAAGGACUGAAUCGUCACGUGUCCAGCUUGUGGACAUGUGUCUCUGGUCUGAACGACACCGUCGUCCAUCAUGGAGGAAUUCUGGACGUGAUUCAGAAGAAUCAGGACGACGUCCACGGCCGGAUGAAGAACCUGAAUUCAAGCCUCAACCACGUCCUCAGAGAUCUUCAGAACUUCUCUGAGCAGGACGUGAGCGGCCAGCCUGGACCCCAAGGACCACCUGGUGAAAGAGGACUCAAUGGGCUGCCGGGCCCCCGGGGGCCCCCAGGACCUUUUGGACAGCAAGGACACACCGGAGCUCGAGGUUUUCCUGGUCCCAAAGGGGAAUCAGGUCUGCCCGGUGCUGAUGCUCAUGUCCCCAGACUGUCCUUCUCGGCCGCCCUCACCUUCCCUGUGGACAAAGCUGGGACCAUCGUCUUCGAUAAGAUCUUUGUGAAUGAAGGAGAUUUUUACGACCCGAGAACAGGUGUUUUCACUGCCCCAGUAGACGGACAUUACUUCUUCAGCGCCGUCCUGACGGGUCAUAAGAACGAGAAAAUCGAGGCAGUUCUGUCAAAGUCUAAUUACGGCAUGGCCCGCGUGGACUCUGGAGGCUACCAGCCCGAAGGCCUGGAGAACAACCCAGUGGCCGAGGCUAAGACCACUCCAGGCUCCCUGGCCGUCUUCAACAUCAUCCUGCCGCUGCAGGCCCGGGACACGAUCUGCAUCGACCUGGUGAUGGGAAAACUCGCCCACUCCGUGGAGCCGCUCACCAUCUUCAACGGGAUGCUGCUGUACGAGGACAUGUGACCGCCUCGUCCUGACGGAGCCUGAGAACCAGACAGGAACAGGAAGUGUGACGUCAGAGGGUUCAACCCUGACCCUGAAUGGCCCUGAAUGACCCUGACUCUGACCCUGACCCUGAAUGACCCUGACUCUGACCCUGACCAUGAAUGAAUCUGAUUCCCGAAUGAAUCUGACCCUGAAUGACCCUGACUCUGACCCUGACCCUGAAUGACCCUGACUCUGACCCUGAAUGACCCUGACUCUGACCCCGAAUGAAUCUGACCCUGAAUGACCCUGACCCUGAAUGACCCUGACUCUGACCCUGAAUGAAUCUGACCCUGAAUGACCCUGACUCUGACCCUGAAUGAAUCUGACCCUGAAUGACCCUGACCCUGAAUGACCCUAACCCUGAAUGAAUCUGACCCUGAAUGACCCUGACCCUGAAUGACCCUGACUCUGACCCUGAAUGAAUCUGACCCUGAAUGACCCUGACUCUGACCCUGAAUGAAUCUGACCCUGAAUGACCCUGACCCUGAAUGACCCUAACCCUGAAUGAAUCGGACCUUGAUUGACCUUGACUCAGAGGUUAUGACAGAAUAUUUUAAAUGAGGUCAUUGUUUCUAGAGUCUUUACGUCUCUUUACCUGUGGACGACAGCAGCAGUUGAACUGUGCGACUGCUUUAGUCCAAUCACCUGAUGUGAUGUGGUCACGUGACCUCAGAGCAGCACUGUGAGGACACGACUGUAAACCAGGACUCGCUGGCGCCUGCUGCUACUUGAAUCUUUUAAACACACGACUUCCUGUGGUGAAGAAUUACAGAAUUAACAGUUUGUAGCAAUACUACCCCCCCUACAGGCAGCAUAGUUCAUUACAGCCACAACAUACAACCUUGUCUUUUCUGAUUCUUCAAGUUUGAACCAUAGAGGAGCAAAACCUGCAGAAUGUGACCAGAAGGUGGCGCCACUGGAGAGAUCGUCUGCAUCUAAAAACAAGAUCGGGACAUUUAUUGAUGAUCUGAUUGGUCGAUAUUUAGAUCCGUGUGUGGUUGAUGAUCUGAGUCAGAGACACUGAGACGUCUGGACAGAGUGAUGAUCCUCAAGCUCCGCCCUCAGCAGGUCACAUGGGAGUUUAACUUUGAGUUUGAUGAAAACCAAGAAAACGUUUUGCUUUAUAAAAGCAGAACAUGUUCUCUGUUGAAGUUGAUAGGAAGUGAGUUCACAUUGUGAAUGUUUUUAUAUUGAGCUGCACCGUCUCUUGUUUUAAUUGUGUUCAUUUUUGUGUUCGAGUUUUUAAACCAUUAUAACAAAAUGUCACUUUUAACGUGUUUAAAAGAACAAAGGCAUAAAACACACCAUAUUUUCUUAUUGUCAACAAAUCACAUUAAAGAGCAGCAGUGGAUGAGGAACGUCAGAAAACCACACUGUAAAAAUACAAAGAGAAGUUUUUAUUUUAAAUGUUAUUUAAGUAAACAUAAAAAAAUAUUUAUCAUUUAAAUGUUUUAUAUUUUUUAAAUGUAUAAAAUCGUAUAAUAUUUUAUAGCUGUGCGCAUAUACACACACACGUACACACAUACACACACAAACACACACACAAACAUUAAACUCAUCUUUAGAAUCUGACUGAUAAGAACACCAUCUAUAAGAUAAAAUAAGAUAAGAUAAAAUAUGUUAAGCUACGAUAAGUUUAAAAUAGAUAAGAUAAGAUAAUCUGUCCUUUGGUCUUUUCAAACAGAAACAAUACGUUUGUUUAUUUACAUGUACAAUGAGGAAAUGAGAUUUGACCACAAGGGGUCAGUGUAGUCACAUUCUAACAUCAGGUGUGAAGAGAACCAGUCACAUAUUAGUUAGACACACAGUAGUUGCAUAAUCAACUACUGUGUAAAGUACUUUAUUACAAUAUGUGAGUAAAAGUACUCAGUAACUGUUGUUACUCUAAAUAGAAUCUCAUCAACAGACACAUUAUUAAAACUUAGUUUUCUGCUGAACAUGUGAUUUGUUGACAGAAAUGAAAAUAUUGAGUGUGAACGGAAACAGUUUAAAUCUGAAGUUAAACCUUCACCACUGAGAUGUAUGAAGGACAAACACACACACACACAUACACACACUCACACAUGCACAGACACACACUCACACAUGCACAGACACACACAAUGGUUUCUGCUCUAAUGAUCAUUUCUCUAAGAACGACGUAUGAAUCAUGUAUUUCAACUAAACCUUCUGUUAUUUAAUGACUUCAUCAGAAGCUGAUGUGAGGAUGAGUGAUGGUUUCAUAUCACUGACGUGUUUGUUUUCACUAUUCACUGAAUAAACUGAUGAACCAGAUAUUUAUAACAUGUAUACUUUAGCUAUCAUCUUCAUCUAGUCCGAGAGGAGAAGUCUCGAGCGUCACUUGUGUUUGAGUGAAUUCUAAAGUUGAUUCUCCGACAGGCUCCAGCUUCACUUCUCAUGUUAAAUCACACUUUUGUAUCCAGUAAAUUUCACUGUCAUUAAAACACGAGUGAAACCAAA